AACCGGUGGCCGGAGUAAUCAGUCUGAAUCGAUCAAAAGAAGAAAGCAAGUUUCAGGUAAUCUUUGAUUCUUGCAUUUUCCUUCUUCAUUUGUUUUUUCGAUUCUUGUUUUUCUUUAAACACCUGCUUCAUUUCGAUCAUGGAGUUUAUCAUUUUCUCCGGCAUGAUUAGUGUUCUUAUGUUUCAGGGCGAGAUUGAAACUUCAAAGAGGGAUUUUCUUUUCGGCUUUUUUUUUUUUUUUUUGUUAGAAGUGAAAUAAAAGCGUUUGGAAGGAUGGAAAGUUUCAGUAGAUUACCUGAUGAGCUUCUUUUACACAUUCUCUCAUUCCUUAGUUUCAAAGAAGCGGUUCGUACCUCUGUAUUGUCAAAAAGGUGGAGGUAUCUAUAUGCUUCAUUAUCUAAACUUGAUCUUCACUUUCGUCAGUUUGCAUUCAAGGAGGCUGGUCAGAUUGAUUUAAUGAAUGUUGUGGAUAGAAUAUUCUUUUACCGCGACAGAUGCCCCAUAGAUAAGUUUAAAUUCAGGUGGCUAAAAUCAGAAGCUCUUGACCCUUUGCGCCUUGAAGGUUGGAUAAAAGCUGUAAUGUGGCAUGGUGUUCGAAAUCUUCAAAUUCGUUUUGAUCCCAUUGAGUUGAAAGAGUUAUUGCUGCCAACUAGCUUGUUUACUUCUAAGACAUUGGUGGACCUGAAGUUGAGCUACACUGGUGCCUUGAACAUGGAAUCUGGUGGCUCUGGUUUAGAACUGCCUGCCCAUGUUUUUCUCCCAUCUCUUAAGUUCCUUCACCUAAGAAAUGUCACUUUUUCGAAUGUUGAUUCUUGGAAUAGGCUGUUUUCUAACUGCCCUGUCCUUGAGGAUUUGUACUUCUUCUUCAAUAAUGGUCGCUGCAAAUUUACCAUUACGCAUCCUAAACUCAAGAUGUUGACCCUACAAUGUGCUCCCACUUCGCGGAAGUAUGGCAGAACUGAGAUUGUGAUUAAUGCUCCAAAUCUUGUCUACUUGGAAUACAUUAUCAAUGAUGCAGAUUCUCUUACAUUUGUAAAUGUCCAGUCUCUUGAUGAAGCCGAUAUACAAUUUUCAGAACUUCAUGGCAGGCAGAGGCGUUACACCCGUGUUGCAACUGAUGUUAUGGUGGCGAUAAAGAACAUUCAGACACUUUGGAUAUCUGGUCCUACUAUAAGAAUUCUCAAAUUGUUCAGUGUUCCGAUCCCUGUGUUUCAUAAUUUGACUCAUUUGACUAUUCAUCAAUGUGAUACUAAGGUGAAUGAACUACCAUAUCUACUUGAACGUUGUAAAUCUUUAGAAACCCUUGUUCUGCAGGAUCUUUUUUUCUGGGAUCCCAAUGCCUGGAGUUCAGUAAAGGAAUCCAGAUUCAGUUUUACAUUUUGCCUGAAAAAAAUUGAAAUUUUGAUAUUUUUGGGCAAGGACAGUCAAAUGGAAAUGGUGAAGUAUUUUCUCGAAAAAGCAAGAGUUCUAGAGAGCAUGGAAAUUCAUAUUCCGGUAAAAUAUGAAAAAUUGUCGAAGAUAAUCCGAAGGGUGCUGAUGUUACCAAAAGUUUCAAAAGAAUGCAAUGUCACUUUUUUCCAGGCCUAUACUAUGGUGGAUGGGAGCUCUUUUUGUCAGCAUUGCUUAGAAUGGAAGGUACCUGACCAAGGAUGAAAAGGUUGUACCUGUUUUCUUGUCAAAUACAAAGUUUCGGCCUUUCACGUGGAACAUCUCAGCAGUGCUCCAUGAGAGGCCCUUGGGGGAUAUCAAAUUUUCUUUGGUUGUGCUCAACUACUUUCUAAAGAUAAAGAGACAUUUAGACACUGUAAUUCUUUUUUCGACUCAAAGAACUUGAAGUAUACUUUUUUGUUCUCACUGAAUUUAGACCUUUGCUCUUGCUUUUAUUGAUUGUAGAAUCAAUGAAAUGGUCAAAA